ACGAAGGUACAGCCAGGUUUUGGUGUAAGUUAUGUUGAUAUGCGAAUAUUAAUGACGUCAGUUUUGUAGUAAGAUAUAUGCAGUUAAAUAGUUGUACUUGUACAUGUAAAACUUUCGAAACUUUCGUGUUUAUUUUCGACUUUUUGUUUGUUUUGCGGAAACUAGCAUUAGCUACCAUACUAUCUCAGCUUUCAGUAGUUAGUUAACUGCUAGCUUGCUGUUGUGUGGAGCAAGUUGUUUUGAAGCUGACGUUGCUGGUUGUAAAUUCGAUUGAGCUCUUGCUCUAAGGGGUUUGUUCUGAGAACUGUCUUCAGUGUACUGAAGCCAGAAUUGUUGCAGUAUGUCGGACCGUGUUUUUAAAAAAAAAUAAACAGAAGAAAUGAAUGAAAAAUGUACAAAUACAGACAACGAAAAAAAAACAUGUUGGGGCUGAGGAGAGAAACACACAGAAACACUUUUACAGGGAAUACAGGAAGUGUUGGACUCUUUCGUUAUACAAUUUUUAUAACUUGUUUUAAAAAAAAUGCCAAUAAAACUUCAAAGCAUGGAAGAGGAGGAUAGUAACCUGUUCACUGCGACCGAUUCAGACAUAGAAGACAAAAAGGAUGGCAGCGGAUGUAAAGCAAAGUGGACCCAGGAAGAGGAUGACAAUCUUAAAAUACUGGUCAGCAACUUUGGAACAAAAGAUUGGAAUACCAUUGCUAGUUUUUUACCUGGGCGAACAGAAAUGCAAUGUAUGGUCCGUUGGAAAAAACAUCUGGAUCCUGAUGCCAUCAAGGGAUUUUGGACCAAGGAGGAAGAUGAAAUGAUAUUGGAGCUGGUUGAAAAGUAUGGCACCAGAAACUGGGCAAUAAUUGGCAAGCACCUGAAGGGAAGAAUGGGGAAACAGUGUCGCGAGCGCUGGGUUAACCACCUUAAUCCCAUCAUCAAAAAGAGUUCAUGGACUGAAGAGGAAGACCUCAUCAUUUACAAAGCCCACUCCAUUCUUGGCAACCGGUGGGCUGAGAUUUCCAAGCUGCUUCCUGGAAGAUCAGACAAUUCUGUGAAGAAUCACUGGAACUCAACCAUCAAACGCCAAGCAGAGAUGGGCUUUUUCAAGGAUGAUAAUGACAGCAUUUCCCUUGAUAUUCAACAGUUUGUGGAUGGAGAGGUGGACUUUAAGUGUGAUGUUGUAAUAGAUGCUGCUCCAGUCUAUCCUCAAGUGCAGGUCAGACCAGAGAGACAACAGCAAUCGAAGGAGCUACAGAGAUCCAAACACAAGACUGUUGUUCAAAACUCCCAGUUUCUGGGAUCACAGAGAGAGGCCUUUCCCCCCAGUCCAUCUUUACCACGCAGUUCAAGUUCCAGUCCCAGUUCUAGUUUCGCCCUACCAACCGUGGACCAGAAAAAGUUCACAGAUGCAGCGCUGAGGAUGAUUGCAGAGGACAUGCUGCCCCUCAGUUUUGUUGAAGGCACUGGCUUCAGGUCAUUCAUGAGUACCAUCAGCCCUGAAUACAAUAAGCUGUCCCAGCGUGCCAUGGCUGUGCAGCUCUAUGAGGACGUGGAAAGAACCAUGAAGCCUCAGCUCAUCCGGGACCUCAAAGCCUUGCUUUCCAAAACCAAAGAUGGUGAAAGUGCUAUUCAUGUGACAUGUGACCUUUGGGCAGGAGCUCAAUCGCAACAAGCAGAGGGUCCAAUGCUUGCUGUGCAACUUCACUUCAUCAAUGAUUCCUGGCAGAUCCGCCGUCCCAUCGUGGCCUUCCGUCACCUCAGUCACAAAAACCUCAGCACAUCUGUGGCGAAGGAGCUGGAGGGCGUGCUGCUGAGCUACGGCAUCUUUCCUCGCAGCAUCGGCUACACUCUUGCUAACCAGGCCAAAGAAGCUCUGUCUGGAAACAACUUGUUCUGUGACUACAAGAUUGUGUGCUCCUCCAACCGGGGAGAACCAGAGGGAGACGAAAUCUCAGCUUUCCUAUCAGACCAGAUGCCAGAAACAAACUCCCCCUUUUCAGACAUGCAGAUCGGGACAAAGAUCAGCUGUGUUGCCAGAACUCUUCAGGUGGUGAUCAAGGACGCCCUGAAAAAUUCCAGAGUAGUUGAAAACUUGCUCUCACAGGUCCACAAUGUGGUGGCUUUCUUCAAGGGGAGUGCCUACUGGAGUGAGGUGUUGUUGAAGGAGUGCAAUGUGUCUCUGUGCCCAUCCUCCAGUAACUGUCGCUGGAACUCCAUGAUGGUGUCUUUGCGUAGAAUGGUGCAGGAGACGACCUGGAGCACCAUCAUGACCCUCCUGGCUCAGGCUCGCAUAGAGGCCUCAGACUCUGCCAGCGCCCCCCCUCUGGUCAUGGUCAAAAGGGAACAAGUGGCUGACAUUCUGGGUCUCCUUCAGCCUUUUGAGGAGGCUUUGCAAGUCUUGCAAGGAAACGGUGUGACCAUUUCUUUCAUCAUCCCCUCAAUCAUUGGUCUUGAUAAGACUUUGGAAAGUCGCGUCACCAACUACAACCACUUCUGCAAGUCCCUGCGCACCGGCAUCUACACACACUUCCAGCCUCUGAUUCACCAGAAGGAAAUCUUACUAGCUACAGUGCUGGACCCCAGGAUCAAACUGCAGCCAUUUUCUGAUACCAGACUGGAAACACAGACAGAAUUCCUAACAACCCCUACAAAGAAAGAGGCUCAUGCUGUUAUAAAAUCCAUAUUGGUAAGCUCAGAGGACUCGGCGUCUCCCAUUGUGCAGGAAGAUAACAAGCAGAAAGGCAACGAGCACACAAAGCAGCAGGAAGGGGAAGAAGAAAUCCAAACGGAGCCGCUAAUGGAGAUAUCUGGUGCCAGCUCAGACGACAACUGUGAUGAGGUCAGCGAAAAUGACCUCAAGCGCAAGUCCAUCUUCAGCUUCCUCCAGCCUCCCGCGAAGACGAUGAAGCUAUCGGAGUUUGACGUGUACCUGUCUGAACCCCUGUGGGAAAGCAAUUCCAGUCUUCAGUACUGGAAAUCUGCCUUUCGGUUUCCCCAACUCCAGGACAUGGCCAGGAGGCUGCUGGCAGCACCGGCCACUUCUGGGGGGUUUGACCGGCUUUAUCCAAUGGCGGCGUGCGUUGUAAAAGCCAAGAGGAACCGCCUGCCAUCUCACACUACAGAGAGACUGCUUCUGUACCAGAACUCUGUGAAGACAAAGACUCUCAAAAGGGUCAGUGUGGCUACUAAACGCUGACACGUUGAGCACAGCCAAACACCCACAAUUCUUUAGUUUUUUUAAUAAGCUCUUUUCUUGGUCCAAAAUAUGCUGCUCUCUUGAAAGAGAUGACAAAGUUAAUAUCUAUUGACUGCCUGUGUUCUGAGGGGAAGCCAGUUUGCUUAUACAUUUCAAACAAGCUAGACUGCAUUUUAAAACAUCUUACUAUUUAAGAACAUGACAAGAACAAAAUCACAAGGAAGCAUCUCCUCUUGUGCAGGUUUCUCUGUAGCCAACAGGAGUUCUGAGAUACAGCAGUGUACAAAAAAGAUGGGUCUUGUAUCGUUGACUUGUUUUUCAGAAAUUGAAAAAUGAAGGGGGGGUGGUUGAGUAUUUUUCUAUGUUCCACUGUAAAAGUACAAAAGCGUCUUACCUAUCAGUGCCAAUGACAACUCACAUUUUCUGUCAAAACCUAUAAAGCAAAGCUGACAAAGCUUUGGUGUGAGCUUUAAAAGAAACUUCUGUUCACUGGUACAAAUAGGUAUGUUAAGCUCAGAGCGACGGACACCCUGAACGUCAAUGAAUGGAACACAUUUUUGUGAAGGGAAUAUUAGUAAACAGAUUUCUAUUAAUGUUCUAUUUGUUGGUGACAGAGCUGAUAAUUAUUAUCUUUAGAUGUUGGAUGAUUUAAUGAUUUGUAUUCUGGAUUAUUCUGGGAGUUGAUGAAUAUUUUUAUUUCUUGUUUAACUUAACUGGCCAGACUUUCAAAUAAACUGCUUCUCAGCUCUUAAAGCUAAAAGGUUUUUAUUGUAAAAAUAAUUGUACAUAUUGUGGAUAUAAACGCCACUAUUGCAUUGCAUCCUUUGAACUUUUGUCUCCACAUGGAUUUUCCCAACGAAACAACUUGUAUGAAUUAAAAAAAACUUUUCUCUGAUGUUUUUCGACUUUUUUCAUGGACUGUACGUAGUUUCUGAUGUCGCCUGUGAUUGGCUUAGA